AUGCCUCAUAGCUCGAUUCUUACUCGGUCCCGCCAGAAAUCUUGUGUCGCAUGUGCGGAAGGCAAGCGGCGUUGUAGUCGACAAUCCCCACAGUGUUCGCGAUGUCUCGCUCGCGGCAUACCAUGUCGCUACAUGAACGGAUCGUCAGCUCCACGGCAAUCCGAAGCUCAUCCAAACAAGCAAAUCGCAACCGCCUUCCCAAUAUACGUUAAUGACCUGUUUCCAUAUACGGAACUAGCGGAGCCGCUUUCAAAUUUUAACGACAAUAUCAACAUUGACUCAUGGUUUACGAUGAGUUCUUCUCCAUUAUCAGACCAGGGAUUAUCACCUAUGCAUACUUAUCCUGAGCUCGUAGCUCUGGAUAAAUGGUCAACAAAUCAAAUACUACAAGUGGUUAAAGGCCUUCCACAACUCUUCUUCAAGCAUAAUAAAACACCGUUUAUUCAUCCUCGCUUAUAUGAUUCAUAUCUCCCUCUCGCAAUCCAAGAUGCAUUCACCGUGACAGCAUCAUACUGCACUAAGAGCCCAGAGACGGAAGAUAUGGUCUUCCGGAUACUCGAGUCGAAAGCAGAUUUCCUUGUCGGCCAGGACUAUCAGUCUGAGUCCCUGGAGAAUCUUCUCGCGGCUGUGCAGGCUCUUAUGCUUUUUCAAACGAUCCAGCUAUUCGAUGGGAAUAUCCGACAACGCUCGAUCGCGGAGCGGAAUUUGGAUACCGUGAGAUUAAUGACUUUCCAGUUACAUAUUCGUGCAACGGAAGAGCUCAAGCCGGCAUCUACGUGGAGAGAAUGGAUUUUUGCAGAAAGUAUUCGGCGGACGGCUAUCAUGUCUUUCAUUAUUGAGGGAGUGUUUUCUGUGCUGAAGUCGGGACUUUGUUCGAAUGUCCCUUUUUUAAGUUUACUUCCUUUUACAACUGGAUCGGAGGUAUGGGAGGAUACGACUGAUGCGACGUGGGUUGCCGGGUCUGGGCAGGUUGUUUUAUAUGGUGAUUUCUCGGUUGCUUGGGAGAAAGGACUGGUUUUGAGGGAACUGGAUACUUUUGAGAAAUUCUUGCUUGCGCCUUGUUUGGGUGAGAAGUAUCAGGAUGCUCUGGAGAUAUUGGACUAG